AUGUCUAAUGAACAGCAUUCAUUAAAAGAAUCGUUACCAUUACCAUUUACUCUUCAUUCAUCAUGUCUUCAUAUGCAGGUCAAAGCUGGUUCGAGAACGAAAAACUUGGUUGCUUAUGUUCGACGUAAAUUGUCUUCAGCUGAUAAUUCAAUUGAACAAAUCACAUGGAAUGCAACGGGCGAUGGCAUAACAAAAGCGAUUGCAUGCGCUGAAAUGCUCAAACGUGAAUCUAAUCUUACAUUUCAUGAAUAUGUACAAAUUGGUUAUAAGGCAAAAGAUGUAAAAAUCUCGAUAACAGAAAAGACCAAAUUGAAUAAAGAUAUUCCGUCAAUUUGUGUUCUUCUAUCAAAAGUUCCUUUGAACUCAAUCAAAACGAAAAUGUCCAGUAUUGCAUUUAUUUUUAAUAUUAUUUUUUCACUGAUAAUCACAUUAAUCUUCCUUUAUCGUUGUGGUAACUAUCGUCGACAGCAUGUGGUUACAACCAUCGCUGUAUUUAUUGCUUGGUUCUUUUCCACACUGACUAUUUUCAUCCUUCCAUUGGACAUAUCGCUUGCAAUAUAUCGAGACUGUGUCACGCACCCAGAACCAGUCACCGUCAAACCACCGACGAGCAACAAUUCAUUGAUAAACAAUUCAACAGCCGUAGUUUGUCCUCGACCGUGGUCCUAUGUUGAUCGGAAUGUCUAUGCGGUGUUAUGGCAAGUCGUGUUUUGGACAUCACAAGUGUUAACUUGGUACUUAGAACCGCUGAUCUUGCCAUUGAUGCAAUCAUUCCGUGAGACAGGAGAAUUUUCCAUUAAAGGAAAAAUUCGAUAUACAAUUAAAGCAAAUUUAAUUUUCUAUGGCACGCUACUAUUGCUCUUCAUUAUUCUUGUAAUUUAUGUAGCAACGAAAGUUACGAUGGAUUCGUCAAGUUUUACGGCAACAUUGGUUGCGGCUAGUACAACUUGGGGUUUAUUUCUUCUUGUUCUGAUGCUUGGCUAUGGUCUUAUUCAAGUUCCGAAGAAUAUUUACAAUCAUUCACGAACAAGUUAUAUGCUUGCACACACACAAUUUAAGUUAUCCCGACUUUACAAUGAAAAAGUGGAUGUUGAAGAGCGUUUAGAUUCGCUGAUCGAUGAUGUCAUCAAAUUUUGUAUGCAAAUCAAAACUACUGAUCCAUUACGUCCAUGUCUCGAACAGAUAAUCCAAAUCGUACCUGAACAAUAUUCAAAUCGAAUUCAAUUGACAUUGAAUGAUUACGCAAAUAAUCGUAUAUCGAUUCCGAAUCGUUUUACUGAUGAUGAUGAAAAAGAAAAACAAUUAAUUAAGUUACACGAACGAUUAAAAACCAAUAUUCACGUCCAUAAUCGUGUACAAGUGUCAUGGACUCGCCAAAUCAAUGAGGCCUUCUAUUUUGAGGAUAUCGUUAAAAACGCUGAAAAUACGAAUCAUGAAUUCGUUCGAACAAAUCCAUCAUCAGCCACAUGGUUACGACGAAAAUUAUUCGAUAAACAUCCUAAACUAGAAUGGUACACUUAUUGUGUCCUCCGUCCGUGGGGACUUCGUCUUCUUGGUAUUGGACUUGGUUUAAUUUCACUGUUGGUGAUCUGGUCGGAGAUGACCUUUUUCAGUACUUCACCUGUUCUGUCUAUCUUCGCACAAUGUGUUACAGCUGCCAGUCGACAUUAUUCAUAUUUGACGAUUGAAAUAUUCUGUUGUUUAAGUAUUGCAUAUUUAUGUUUAUGUGCAUAUUAUACAAUCUUUCGUAUUCGUAUAUUAAAUUAUUUCUAUCUGUCAUUGUACCAUUUAACGGAUGAAAACAGUUUGAUAUUUGCAGCAACAUUUCUUUGCCGUUUAACUGCACCAUUGUGCUAUAAUUUUCUGGGUAUGAUCCAUUUAGACCAAGCUAUCACACAUAAAAUUGAUCAUGAAGAAACAGCAUUCACAUCGAUUAUGGGUCAUUUGACAGCAAUCAAAAUUGUAUCGGUCGGAUUCAACUUUUAUUUUCCAAUGUUAAUAUGUCUAUUAAGUUUUGGAACGUUUUUUCGACUGGGCUCAAGAUGUUUACAUGCGUGUGGUUUUCGACAAUUUUUCGAUGAUGACGAUGUUUCAACUGAAUAUGUUGAAGAUGGAAAGAGCUUAAUGGCAAGAGAGCGUCGAAAUUAUGGUGGAGUUGAUACGUUGGCGAAUACAACCACGGCAACGCAACGUCGAGAUCGAAGAAGAGAACUGGAAGAGAAAUAUGGUUUAAGAUCAGCAAGAGCAAUGGCAGCAAAUAAUCUCUAUGGUGAUGAUCCAAUGAUUUCAGAAACUCGUCCACUGAUUUCCAAUACUGACGAUCCUCUGAUAGAUACUCAGCCGGAACCGUCUAUUCGUCCAGACUCGUCGGAUCCAGCCGAUCUUAGUUCAACUAUAAUAAUCGAUGCAUAA